CCCCUGUUCAUCUUCUUGUUGCGUCAAUAUGGGUCACCUUAUCACACUUGCAACUUCACUCAACCAAUGGGCUCUUGACUUUCAAGGAAACUUUGAGCGAAUCUUAUCCAGCAUCGCUAUCGCCAAGAGUAGAGGCGCAACAUUGAGAGUGGGUCCAGAGCUGGAGAUACCUGGAUAUGGGUGCCUAGAUCACUUUCUCGAAGGGGACACGGUUCUUCAUUCUUGGGAAGUCUUGGCAAAGAUUUUGGCAUCUGAAGAGGCCAUGGGAAUCGUGUGCGACUUAGGAAUGCCGGUCGUACACAAGAACGUUAUCUAUAACUGUAGGGUGAUCAUCCAUGACAGGAAGAUUCUUUUGAUUAGGCCGAAAAUGUGGAUGGCUAACAAUGGAAACUACCGUGAACUCAGAUAUUUUACGCCAUGGAUGAAACAUAGGCAAUGGGAGAACCAUUUCUUACCGAGGAUCAUCCAGGCCGUCACUCAGCAGGUUACCGUGCCUUUUGGGGAUGCUGUUGUCAGUACUGCGGAUACUUGCUUUGGGGUAGAAUUGUGUGAAGAAUUGUUUACUCCUGCUAGCCCCCAUAUUCUCAUGGGCUUAGAUGGUGUUGAAAUUUUCACCAAUGCGAGCGGUAGUCAUCACGAGCUCCGGAAGCUCUAUACUCGUGUUGAGUUAAUAAAGGAGGCUACAUUAAAGUUGGGAGGCGUUUAUUUGUACGCAAACCAACAAGGAUGCGAUGGUGAUCGACUGUAUUACGACGGAUGCGCUAUGAUUGCUGUCAACGGAAGGAUUGUAGCUCAGGGAUCCCAGUUCUCUUUGAAUGAUGUCGAAGUUAUAACUGCAACAAUCGAUAUUGAGGAUGUCCGCAGCCACCGUGCAAUCAGCAGCCGAAGCAUGCAGGCGGCCUCCGCGGAAAGAUAUCAUCGUAUCGAAGUUUCCUUCUCGUUAUCAGCGGGAAAAUUUGAGGAGGUGAGGGACGAAGAUAUGGUGGGAUUUUUAUCGUCCCGCCCUUACGAAGUGAAGUACCACCGACCCGAGGAGGAGAUCGCUUUGGGUCCUGCGUGUUGGCUUUGGGACUACCUACGCCGCUCGCGCACGCAAGGGUAUUUCGUACCAUUGAGCGGUGGUAUCGACAGUUGUGCGACUGCAGUCAUCGUGUUCUCUAUGUGUAGACUCGUUGCAGAAGCUGCGCGCAGAGCAGAUAAGCAAGUGAUCGCGGAUGCCCGGCGCAUCGUCGGAGAACCCGCUGACUCUGGGUAUAUUCCUUCGGAUCCACGCGAAUUUUGCAGUAGAAUCUUCCAUACUUGCUACAUGGGCACUGAGAACUCGAGUACAGAGACUCGUAAACGAGCGAAGGAUUUGUCUGAGGCUAUCGGAAGCUAUCACAUCGACUUGAAUAUGGAUUCUCUCGUUACAGCUGUUCGAAAUUUGUUUGGUUUCGUUACUGGUGUAAAGCCUCAGUUCCGCGCUCAGGGUGGUAGCAGUGCAGAGAAUUUAGCAUUGCAAAAUAUUCAAGCCAGACUCCGAAUGGUAAUUGCGUAUCUUUUCGCUCAGCUCCUUCCAUGGGUUCGGGGACGUGUUGGCGGAUUACUAGUCCUUGGAAGCGCCAAUGUGGAUGAAAGUCUGCGUGGCUACCUUACGAAGUACGACUGCUCUUCAGCCGAUAUUAAUCCCAUUGGAGGCAUCAGUAAGACCGACCUAAAGAAAUUCAUAGCUUACGCCCGAGAUUCCUUUGACUUGCCGAUUUUGGACAAGUACAAUGCCUCCCUCUCAAACCUUGGUUCUGCCGACAUGGGUAUGACCUACGACGAGCUAUCUGUCUUUGGUAGACUUCGCAAGGUGGAAAAAUGUGGUCCCUAUAGCAUGUUCACGAAACUGGUGCAUGAAUGGGGAUCGUUCUUGUCCCCAGUGCAGAUUGCGGAAAAAGUCAAACUUUUCUUCUUUGAACACGCCCGUAACCGUCACAAGAUGACUACAUUGACGCCGUCUUAUCAUGCAGAAUCAUACAGUCCCGACGAUAACAGGUUCGAUCUGCGCCCCUUCUUGUACCCUUCUCGAUUCCCCUGGCAGUUCAAAAAGAUAGAUGAUGUCGCUGCCGUCUUGCCAGAUAGAUCUCAUUCUGCGGAUAAGGCGAAGACGGAUUGAAGCACUGGCUUAUAGAUAUAAUGCAAAUGUUAAAGUGUAAGUGUGUAAUGGCGUGUAACAAGUCUCUUCAUCGUGUGCCUA